AUGGCUUACAACGGAGGCUUCCCAGAACAACAGCGCCCCUACGCAGGACCCGCGGCGCGGAGACCUGCCCCUGGCGGCGGCGGUCCCCCUAUGCAGCAGCAAUACGACCAGUACCAGGACGAUUACGGCCACGGGUACGACGGGUACGACGAUGGUUAUGAUCAAGGUUACGGCCCGCCGCAAGAUAUGGGCUACGGGCGGGGACGGCCGCCACCCAACGGUAACUUUCCACAGGACGGGUACGGUGGCGGCCCAGGAAGAGGAGGGCGCCCACCACAGAAUGCAAGAGGAGGCCCGAUGAACAGAGGACGAGGAGGUUUGCCUUCAGGCCCGGGCCCGGGCCGUGGAGGAUUUGCGCCCGGCCCAGGUCGGCCAGGUCCUCCUGGUCGAUCAUCGGGGUCCGAUCCAUCAAUGAGUCGCAUGGGUCAAUCAAUGGUCAGCCCCCAAGAGCAAAGCUUCGGCAGCGCAUUCCCCAUCAUGCCCGGUCAAUCACGGCGCUCCGACCUAGACGAAGAGAAUCGGAUACUAGCUGGUAUGGAAAACAUGAAUAUCAAUGGCCCUGGCGGACCAGGAGGCGGCGCACGACCUCCCCCAAGACGACAAAAUGUUCCUCCGCCGGCAGGUAGAGGGCCUGGACAGAGACGACCGACGAUGGAUGACGGAUAUGGUGGCAGACCAUCAUUGGACAGUCAAAGAGGUGGACCACGGGCUCCCCCGCCUCGUGGAGCACCGCCAGGUCCUGGUUAUGGCGGGUUUCAAGACGAUGGAUACGGCGAUGGUUAUGGACCGCCGUCACGAAGCAUGACCAUGCCAAACAACGAACCCCCAGUUGGUAUGGGUAUGGGAGGAAUGCGACCGCCGCCCAGAGCCGACAGUGCGCCAUAUCCUCCAGGCGGGCGAGGUGGUCCUCCGAGGCCUUCGACUGCUCAGGGUAACCGACCUAUGCCGCAAAGACAAUAUCCACCGCAAGGGCCGCCCACAUCACUUGGACCUCCAGGUGCUCCGGAUUGGGACAGCUAUGAGCCUCCCGGACAAGCACCAUGGGCUCAACAAGGCGUGCGCGCAUCCUUUGGCGAUUUCUACGAUGCUUAUUACCAUCCAAGAAACAGCGAGAUGCCCCAGCCCCCGAACGGAAUGCCAAACUUUGACGAAGGACCACACCGGGGCUCGUUUGACCAGCCAAUGCGGCCUACACCCGGAACGCCUCAACAGGGCCCAGCUCGCGUGGCUGAACUCAGUCGAACCAUGUCCCAGCCAAACCUGCGUGAACCACAAGCAGCCGUGUUUGAAAUGGCAAGUGAAAUGCCUCCUGUACCCACUGGCGGCUUCCAAGCAUACAAUCCCGAUAUGCCAGGACCGCCUGCGGGAGCCCUGCCGAACGUUCCCCCACCUCGGGCACCGCAAGCAGGCCCUGGAUCAGGUCACCCAGCUCCUAUCCGACCCGGCCUGAUGCCAAACUCAAUGGUGAAUAUGCAGGAUAAGCCGCCCCCGCAGAGACAGUAUAGUGGCCCCCCUCCAGCAGCGAUACUUGCCCAAGGCAGGCCACAACCCAGCCCGCAGCCGGCAAACGGCCGACCCAAUUCAGUGGUACAUGUACCGGUCACGAUAGAAGAGCUUGAGCAACUGCGCGCCGUUAUCAAGACCGAUCCGAAUGAUCAACAGUCAGCACUCACACUCGCAAAGAAGUUGGUGGAGGCCGCCGAUGUCCUGGUUCCGCAGUUGCCAGACCCCAAAGCCCGUGCACGGUCUCGGGAACGCUACAUCAUGGAUGCUCACAAGAUUCUCAAGAAGCUCGCAAGCGCACAAAACCCCGACGCCAUGUUCUUCCUGGCAGACUGCAUGGGUCGUGGCAAUCUCGGCUUUGAGCCGGACAGCAAGGAGGCUUUCACAUUAUAUCAGUCAUCUGCGAAGCUUGGCCACGCUGGUGCUGCUUAUCGGACUGCCGUCUGCUGCGAGCUGGGUAACGAUGAGGGCGGUGGCACGCGCAAGGAUCCACUCAAAGCUAUUCAGUGGUAUAAGCGAGCAGCAACUCUCGGCGACACUCCUGCGAUGUAUAAGGUUGGAAUGAUCUUGCUCAAGGGACUGCUUGGUCAGCCUAAUAAUCCGCGGGAGGCCGUCGGUUGGCUCAAGAGGGCCGCUGAACGUGCUGAUCCCGAGAAUCCCCACGCGUUGCAUGAAUUGGGUCUCCUUUACGAAUCUGCGCAGCCAAACGAUAUGAUUCUACGCGACGAAGCGUAUGCCUUCCAGCUAUUCGAGCAGGCUGCUAAUCUAGGGUACAAAUUCAGUCAAUUUAGAAUGGGUUGUGCUUACGAGUAUGGUCUGAUGGGCUGUCCAGUCGACCCACGAUCCUCCAUCAUGUGGUAUUCACGAGCUGCAGCACAGGAAGAGCACCAAUCUGAGCUUGCCCUUAGUGGUUGGUAUCUUACUGGCAGUGAAGGUAUUUUGCAGCAGAGCGAUACAGAAGCAUACCUUUGGGCGAGAAAGGCAGCAUCAGCUGGUCUGGCAAAGGCAGAGUAUGCCAUGGGCUACUUUACGGAAGUUGGCAUUGGAAUUGCCGCCAAUUUGGAAGAAUCAAAGCGCUGGUACUGGAGAGCUGCCGCCCAAAAUUUCCCCAAAGCCCGCGAACGUCUCGAGGACCUUAAACGCUCUGGUGGCAAGAAUACUGGCCCCCGCGCACGAGAACGCAUUUCCCGAAGCAAGAUGGACAAGCAGCAGGAGGGCGAGUGUUCUGUAAUGUAG